CAGGAGUGUGUGUUGAAACAAGGGAGAGAGUUCCUCAAACUCACGGCGAAACAUGCUGCGACCCUUUCUACUCGCCCUCAGCCUGUUACCAUGGAUCCCAGCCUUCCUCUGCAGGGUAACCACCGAGGGAGAGCUCGCAGUCAUGGAGGGUCAAUCCCUCACAGUCCCGUGUCAUUAUGACCCUCAGUAUGCCGGCUAUGUGAAGUAUUGGUGCCGGGGGAAGAUGAGGGAGUUCUGCACCAGCUUGGCCCGAACCGAUCCGGCCCAUCCAGCAGCGAGGAAGGUGAGCAUCUUCGACGACCCCGUCCAGCAGGUGUUCACUGUGACCAUGGGCGACCUGAAGGAGACGGACUCCGGCUGGUACAUGUGCGGCGUGGAGGUGGGCGGCGUGUGGACAGCCGACGUUGUCGCUUACACGUACAUCAAGGUCGUUCACGGUAUGUCAGUGGUGAACAGCCGACUGAGUGGGGAAGAAGGCAGUAGCGUCACAGUUGAAUGCCACUAUAGUGAGAGAUACAGAGACAGCGAGAAGAAGUGGUGUCGGAGCGGAGACUGGAGCUCCUGUCUGCUGACUGGUUCUGAGGGGAGCUACGAAGACACUUCAGUGGCACUCAGAGAUGACAGAACGAGGACUUUCACUAUCACCUUAAAGAAGCUGCGGAUGAGAGACAGCGGCUGGCACUGGUGCUCUGUGGGAGCGCAGGCAGAUGCUGCGUGCAUGUGCUGGUCACCACCAAGACCCACGACUAGUAGGUUGACACCGAGUCGGUCUGUCGCCCUCCUGGCUGCGCCCGAGCCCAUCACCGAGGAGUCCCGGAAACAACACAUCUUGGAGUCCUUGCUGGUGUGUGCCUCCAUCAUGUUCCUCGUGGGCAUGGCCAUAUUGGCGAGGAAGUUGUGGAAACAACACAGGCGUGAUCCUGUGCUGAGACAAGUAAAUAGGAUAAAAGCAAGGCACAAUGAGUUCUCAGGGGAUGUAGAUGACCCGCAAAGCACUGGUGUCGUUUUCCUUAAUGUGGAUUCCCAGGACGUACAUAUGUACUGAGCGUAGGGUUUAUUGUUACUCUUUGUUACCGAAUGUAAUUGUUUGUCUCGGUUCACUGCACACAGCACACUUAUUUCCACUGUCUUUGUGUACGUUACGUUCAAUGAGGAUUUCUCAAAAUAUAAUCACGCGGUCUUCUAUUUCAAUUUUUUUAAUGGCACUGAGGUCAGGAAUUUUAUUUUUUAUUUUUUGUCGGAAUUUGUUUUGUUUUUUUGUAUAUUGGUGGAGCUUACAUUCUAACUGAUAACUAAUUUUUAUUAUUAUUAUUAUUAUUAUAAGUAUUAUUAUAAAUACAUUACAUUAAACAUUUGGAUUGGUUAUUUAAACACUAGAUUUGAAUUCAUGUGGGAAAACACUUAUUUUACAGGUCCAUUAUUAACUAAUCAUUUUCCAUGAAGUAUCGUGAAAAGAAAUGAGCAAAGUGGUGCUACUCACAGGGGAAAUAGAGACCCCUUUGCCACAUGCACUGGGACCCUGAUUUGAUCUAGACUAUAGCCUGAGAAUGCCAAUGUCCAAAUCAGUUAGACAUUAAACAGACAUAACCCUGCAGCCCGUGAGUGAAGAGAGGCGGGCAUUACCCGUAGAACUCAUGAGUAGUGAGAGCGUGUGUUUUUGAUGAUGCGAUUGGCACAACGCCAGAAGAGUACAACACAUCCGAGGGUAAUGAAGCGUUUAUGCGACAACAAAAAAACGUAUAACUCGAGAGACGACGAGAUUUGGGGAUCUCGCGACGGGAAGGGCAGACGGCUAAACUGUCAGAAGAAUUCAAGGAUCAGCUCAGAGACUUUGUUGUUGACGACCAAAUCGCUAACCGGCGAUGUGACCGCGGUGUAAUCCGAGCCGAGGCGCACUUUAAAAACAAUAUCACGACUGCGGUGACAAAGAGAAUAGAGGCAAAACUCCAAGGUGCUUUUUAAAAAAAAAAAAAUUUGGAGGGGGGGGGGGUCAAUCGCUGCUAGAUAGCUCUUUGAUGAGAGACGCAUGGACGGCGGGAGAGAGGGUGUGGGAUGACAUGCAGCAAAGGAAUCAACGAGGCCAACGAAAAGUGGAUCGGACGCAAGGCAUUAGGAGGUCAUUUAGUCACUAUUUGAGCGCAGACACGGAGCGCACGCUCAACCGGGUGAGCUACCAAUUGACCUCUGCUGGCGCGAUUACACCAGAGGUCACGUUAAUCGGGGAAACAACUAAUUCAUCUGCUUUGUGUGUUAGUGGCCGCACUGUGGGUGUCUCAAAAUCUAUAAUCCUUGUUCGGUAUAUUGGUGAUUGAAAAACACAAACACACAUAAAUCAACGACAUAUCCAUAUUAGUUUGGCCUUGAGGGCUUUCAAAGAAACAUGUUCACUGCGGUCAAAACAAAAACUCUCUCAAUUGCUUCUCUCGGGAAGGCUCGCAUUCAAAAACUUCAUUCAAAAACCUCAAUGGAAGCUGUCAAUGUAAACCAAUAAAUACAUUAUGGGUACAUGAAAUACAGCUCCUAGGGUGGUAUUUCAUGUCAUUUCUUUGUUUCACAUUUACAGAUCCAGUUGGCUUUGUAUGAACACUUUUAUUGUCAUUGCGCACACAUCGAACAGCCGUGAAGAGAUAUUCGCUGAAUUUGACAAAAAAAUGUAUUGGAUUAGAAUCGCUGACUGAAUGUUUUUCAACACUGUCAUUGAGAAAGUAAGGAAUGCAACACUGGAUUACAGGCGAUUCUGUAUCACGUGGGACGUACUGUAUGAAGCUGAACUUAAGUCUGUGGUGUAUGUCUGUGCUUAUGCUGUAUCUUCUCUGACAUCCGAUUUGUAAUGUAAUAAACCUAAUUUCAAGUUUUCCACAUCAUGUAUGUAAUGAACCGUGCUGCUCAAAAAACAAGACCCUUCAGGACUAAUGAUUUGAGUAAUAAUAAUCAUUACACUGUCUCCAAACUGCUUUGCGUUUGUUGUGUAUAUCUGUUGCACCAAAAAAGUCCA